AUGGCAAUCUUCACUACUAAUGGCAUGUUCAUCAUCGAUGAAAUUCAUGCGGGCAAAGACAGUUUUUACGACAUUGUUGGAGGCGGUGGGAUGUUUGCCAUGCUAGGAGCAUGCAUUGUAGGUGUUGAACCAAAGAUAGCGAAGCAAUUGCGUUGGAUUGUUGACCGAGGAUCAGACUUCCCUCAGUCAGUCACGAAUCAAAUUGAUAGCUGGGGUACCGGUGUGGUAUUUAGGGAUGACAAGUCAAGAUUGACAACGAGAGCUUGGAAUCUUUAUGGAGAAAACGAUUUCAGAAAGUUCAAGUAUCUGUCCAAAAAAAAGCGAAUUGACGUAAAAGACUGGAUUGACGAGUUUGGGUUGCAGCAGGUCUGUGAAAUUCCUGUAUUUCAUCUAGUGUGUGCCCAUGACAGAGCCUCUUCAAUGUUGAAUGAACUUCAGAAUAUAGCGAAUUUGGAAAAGAAGGUCUUUAUUUGGGAACCCAUCCCAGAGUUGUGCGAUGCAGCACAUGCAAGCCAGAUACAUGAAGUCCUUAGUCGCAAUGAGCGCAUUAUUAUUUCUCCCAAUGCAGAAGAAGGAGCCCGUCUUUUUGGUCUCGACGAACCGGUGUCACUGCAAGACAGCAUUGAAGUGCUGAAAAGAUUCGACCAUUUUAUAUCUGACCAUGACAUGUGUGUCCUGAGGUGUGGGAAACUGGGCUCUCUUGCGUUAGGCACAAGACAGCAAGGUGGGCACAGGGAGAUUGUUCAUCUGCCAGCAUACCACUUCACUUCUCCAGAAAAGGUCGUUGAUCCAACCGGCGGUGGAAACAGCUUUCUGGGCGGAUUCUCGCUUGGAUUUCUGCUUGCCAAGGGUGAUCUUGCGAUCGCUAGCAUUUGCGGUAAUGUCGCCGCCGGUGCAAUUAUUGAACAGCUGGGCGUUCCGCAGCGCGAAGGCUUGAAGUGGAAUGGACUCACUUUCGAACAGCGUUUGAACAAUUAUAUCACACUACACAAUCUUCCCUAUUCGACGGAUUCACUGAUGGAAAUUUUGACCAAUCUGGAGACGCCUAGAUAA